AUGACUCCAGAAGAUUCGGACAACGAAUGUAUUCUUGAUCUUACACUACCCGUUAGGAUACGUGCUCCUGGUCCAUUAAAAUUAAAUUACAAGGAAUCUGUCAUCAAAAGAUACUGCAAGUGGCAAAUUAAUCGUUCACCUUCAGCAUCUUAUGAACCAUCAUUAUCAAGUUCCUCAUCUGAUUGUCACAUAGAAAGCCUAAGGAGACGUAAAGUGCAUAAAUGUGAUUUUGAUGGGUGUGAAAAAGUGUAUACCAAAAGCUCACAUCUAAAAGCACAUAAAAGGACUCACACAGGUGAAAAGCCAUAUACAUGUAAUUGGGAGGGUUGUACAUGGAAGUUUGCACGUUCAGAUGAAUUAACACGCCAUUAUCGAAAACACACCGGACAGAAACCAUUCAAGUGUCAAUUGUGUCAACGGUCUUUUUCACGCUCAGAUCACCUAUCGCUUCAUAUGAAAAGACAUUAAGACGCAACAAGAUCAACACAAAAAUCUAUAUAUUAUUAUUAUUAUUAUUAUAUUAUAAUUUUUAUUUAAGUUAAACUCAACCAAUUAACACAACAACAACAACCACAACAAACAAGGAACAAAGAAAAUCUCUCUACAAUUGAAACAACAAUCCAAUCAAUUGUGAUUGAAGAUCAUAAAAGUUUCAAAUCAACAAAUAACAACAACAUCAUCAUCAAUUUCCAUUGGCCAACGUAUCAAUUGAUUCUUAUAAAUAUAUAUAUAUAAUUAGCACAAUAAUUGAUAUAAUUCAUUGAUUUUAGAUUCCUGAAUUUGUCUUAUUAUAUUAUCAGGGAGAAAAAUUAACGAUUUAUAUUUUAUUGUUAAAUUGUAUAAUCAAAUGUUGUCUAUCUCUCUCUCUCUCUCUCUCUCCUUCUCUCUAUCUCACUCGUUUUUUUUGUCAACAAUCAAAUUGUUAUUAUAUCGUUUUCAACACCAAUUGACAAAAAUUAACAUGCUUUUUAUAUAAAUUACUAUAAAUAUUAUAUAAAAAUGAUUACAAGUUUAUAUAUUUGAUCAAAA